GACCUGAAAUUAGUGAAAGGAGUGCGUCCGUGAAAACAACCCGAAAUCAAACGCAACAAAGCGAGCUCAACGAGCGUGCGCGACGUUGGUAACCCGCAGUUAACUCUGGAGGCUCUGUCACCCUGUGAUAUCGCUCGUCGGCCCACACAACAACGUUAUGGCGACCCAUCGGUACACGUGCGUCGGCUUUUCGGCCAAAAUAGACUGGAAGAAUAUCGAGUUCCUGCUACCCAUGCCCGUCUACCGCAUCUGCAGUAUCUGUGGCGUCGUUCCCGACAUGAUAUUCAGCCUCGAGUGCGGCCACGUUUUUUGCACCACCUGCAUGAACGAACUGAUGUUGAAUUCUCCCGUCGUCGUCUGCCCUUUCGACAAGGGGAGCUUCGAAGAAGGCCGCGUGAGCCGCGACUCGUCAUCACAGGCGUACGUCACUGGCUGCAAGUCCUACUGCCUCAACAAAGCGAACGGAUGCAACUACGUGGGUCCCGUGUCCGACAUGGUCGAGCAUUACUACUCGGAGUGCUGCCACCACCUCGUCCACUGCCGCUCGUGCAAGAACCCCGUCGCCAGAAUGAACGUCUUGGCUCACUUGCGGGGCGGCUGCAAGUCGGACGUCCUGGCCACGAACCAGGCGCCGACGUCGUCCACGUCGGCUAGCGGCGGCUCCGACGCCGACGGCUCUCUGUCCACGCUGCUGAGCAAGAUCGAGAACCUGGAGAACGUCUUCCUGACGAGGACGAAUCACCUCGAAGAAAUGCUGCGCCAACGGAUUAGCGUUGCCUCGCAGCCGCCGGCUUUGACCAACGAAGUUGCAGGGACGGCAAAUCAUUCACGGCCGGACACCACCACAGCGGUAAACACUACGGCACAGGCCGCCGGAGAACGGCGGCAGCCCGACGUCGUCUCGACGUCUUCGGCGUCUCCGUCCGAAGAGAACGCUACGCCAGUAGCCAACGGUGACGCCGCGGUGGCAGAUUCCCCGACCCACUCGCGAGAUCAGUCGCCGUCCGAGCCUCACACUAACGGCCUCAACGGUGAGCCCGAGGCUGUGGUCGAGUCAACGACUUCAUCAGAUGCAGCCGAAGCGCAGCCCAGCGUGGAACCAAAGGCCUUUUUCACUUAUGUCUGGGUAAUCAAGCCCUUCCGCAAGUACCGUAAUGCGCCCCUGCAGGUCUUCACGAGCGACGUGCUCACCGUGGGUGAGAACGGGUACAAGAUGAGGCUUGAAGGCAAGUUCCAGGACCUGGGGGACUCAUCCCUUCACCUCGGCCUCUACAUGAGGAUCAUGAGGGGUCCCAACGACGCCUCGCUGGAGUGGCCGUUCAACCGCAAGUGCUCCUUCGUGAUCCUCCACCACAAGCAGCGCCCCAGAGACGUAAGCUACGACGUGUUUGCCCAGAUGAACGUCGAGGAAAAGCAGAACGCAGCCAACACAGUUCUGAAGCGGCCCAAGAAGAAGGAUAACGACUGCAUCGGCCUUGACAGGUGUCUGUCGGUCGCGCAAAUGCUGCAGAGCGGGUUUGUCAAGAACAACGAAUUCAGGGUGCGCUUCGUUGUCGAGUGAAGUGCUCGUUGCAUUUCGCGAAGCAAGACUUGUCGGGAUACGACUGACUUGCUUCCAGCCUUUGGACUCUUUUCUCGAGAGCAGCGACGAAACCUUUUUAGCACAUGUCCAUCUUUUUUUUUGUUGUUGGUUGUUGUUGUUGCCUGGUCGUCGGUCACAUAUCAAGAGUGUCAUAUUGCUUUAUUUAGCUGCCUAAAAAUGCAUGAAUCUGGCAUCUAAUGUUGAGUGAAUUGCUAACAGUUUUACUUGCUGUAUCUUUGCCAUCGAAAGCAAUGACACGCCAGACCGUUUCACCAAAGCAGAUGAAUUGAUGUAGAAAUUAUGCAGCAGGCAGGCACUGCUAGUUCAGAAGCUUUAUUUUCUCUCUUUUAAUGUUCCAUUAUUUGUUUCCUAGCUGACAGUCUGUCUGUGAUGAUAGCCUGACUUGUAAACAUGUGGUACAAGCAUUGUGAUUAUCUGCAUGCUUACAUCAUUCAAGAUGUUCCUUUCAUCGAUCGUUUUAUGUGUGUCACCACCACCUCAUGUGCAGUGGUGGUUCUACAGGCAGGUUUUGCAAGACGAAGUUCCACUGCUAGACUAAUUCUGCUGUGCGCUUGAUUUGGUGCUUGAACAAGGUUGCAGGCUUUAUUGAAUAGAUGGCUUGCACUGAUGUCACUGCAGUCUUUCUGGCAAAACACUUGCACGAACUAAUCUUGCCUGCUGUUCUUCGCCAGUGCAGCAGAGGCUGAGUGCCUCGCCAAAAUGGUGGAAGUGACAUCAUAUGCAAGCCUUCUUUUAUACAUGCCAGCAUUUUGGAGGUUGUGAGCACUUCUGGAUUGAUGCACAAGUUGAAAGUUUGCACUUCCAUGGGUUUUUGCUGUGGGGUUUUGAAUAAGGUGCACCACUUUCUGGUUAUGAAAACAUGAGCUUAUGUUUGGUCAUUGGAUCUUUGUGGUUUGCUUGCUGUAUGUCAAAAUAGGCACCCUUCAGUGGAGUAAUCGGGCUAAUUGAUGCCACCAUCGUGUCUUGCUUUUCGUUAUCCUGCCUAUAUGGGAAAUUAAAAACACAAUAGAAUGAUUACAUUGAAUAAAUCGGCAUAAUUGUGGGCUUGUGCAUUUGUUGCACCAACCUAAUUGAUCAACCUUUACAAUAUCCCGUGACAGCUAAGGUGACGCUGGCCCAUGACAUCACCAAGCGUCACUGAUGUCUUGGGAGUUUCUGGCGCCAGCCUUGGUGCCUUGUUGUGCAAAUGCCAACUGUUGUUUCAGCGUUUGUUCGUGCUGUCGUCAUCUUUGAUGCUCAAAAUUUUAUGCAGCAAAAUGAACUUUCACCAUGUUUUGGCGCAUGAACAAGAUGUCUUGCUUCUCUGGCAGAGAGGGAUGGGCGACAUCACUAUACCCGAAACUGUGGCCCCUGAGAUUGUGCUGUAUUGCGUGAUGCAGAUGAGAACACCUCUAAUUGCAGAGGCCAUGCACGCCAGUUCCAGCGUUUUGACCAAGCAUGAAUUUGUGAAGCACUUCUUGACGCGUGCAACCAUGACAAUGCCAAGCUGCAUGUUGCAUCCUCUCACGCACUUGUUUUCCAUCCUUUUCAUUCUACUUUCCGUGUGUUUUCACUGCACAAGGGACCCAAAAGCAGCUCAGGGUAAUUUAGACACCAGCUACGCAUUCUGUGUUGAAGCAAAUGUCGGGGGUUGUAUUCCCAGUUGAUCACUUUCGAAGUGUGCUAAUAGUGCCAGACAGGACAGGAAAGUUCUCCCGUGUUUCACACUUAGAAUACUACAAAUUCGUACCAAGUUGUCCAAAUCAAUACAUCGCAUUUUCGAAGGUAUCACUUUCAAUUUGCAUUCAUUGAAAAAACCUGCAGCCAGAAGGAUUCCUGUUUUUUCAGAUAGGUGUUGUGCUGCUUGUUACAUUGUGCAAAAGUGAAAUGACACCCGAAAGUGAUCUACCGAGGGUACGCCAUGAGCUGGUGUUGCUGUCUUACCUUUGUAAAACUUUAUUUUUGUGCAGAAUUUCAAAUCAUGCAGACGAAUCUCUUUUCCUUAUUUCUUUUUGCUUUCACCAGUAUGGUGCAUCUAGUGAUUUGUUUGUUGUCUGUGUGCCAUGUUCGUUUAUUUGCUUUGAACCAUAAGCACUGUGGUGAUCAAGGAUCACUGAAACUUUCUUUUUCAUUUGUCUAUUAGAUUGCACCUGUGAAUUGGAAGUGCUACAACAGGGCUGCUUUGUUUGAUGAGGCCAAAUAAAAGCACAUGGAAUACA